AUGGCGGACAAACCUGGGGACGGAGCCAUAUUGCUCCUCUUUCCAGAGAUUAUUAGGCGGAAGAAGGCUACAGUUGUGGAGGAGCUAUUGCUGGACACGUGCUACGAUAUUAUACGAACCAAAACAUUUGCCUUUACUGAGAACGAAGCAGAAGAGGCAUUGCGGGAAACACCACGGGGAUGGAACCGCGAAGCCCUCCUGGUGGAGCUUACGCGGGGACUCUGCUCCGUCUUGCUAGUGCAGCAUCCCCUAGGAAAGACCCGCAAACGCCUAGCAGAUUCCCUUGCAGCAGCAACAACUGCAGCAGAAGCAGUAACCACCGGAGAGGAAGAUGAAACGGGCUUGGUUGAGGCGUUCCGGAACGCAUUCUGCAUUGAAGCGGCAGGUCCCCAACAAUUUUACUUCAGCACCUGCCGAUGGACCUUUGAAAGGGAUGUCCUCUUCUUUUACCCAUCCGUGGCCUCAUCGCAGGUUGAACGCUCUGUCUUGCUGGUGAAGCCGGACGUAACAGCUGCCGCAGCUGCAGCAGCAGCACGAGGAGAGGCUUGCCCUGAAAGGGCGAUUGAUGUGCUAGUGCUGGAAGAUGGGCUCAUCAUUUUAGCCUCUGUCGAGUUUCGUCUCGGCCAACAUGAUGUUGCAAAGCUCUUCCCCGACAUUGUCAACAAGCCAAAGUAUCCGGCAAUGGAGACCUACCUCUGCGAACCAACAGGUUGCAGGGCAAUUGUUGUUGAAGGAUGUGACGCUCUACGUCGGCUGAGGCAGCUCUGCGGGCCUCCAGAUCCCUCGAGAGCAGCGAUCCUUCGGCCCAACAGCCUACGAGCUCUAUGUGGAUCCUCACGCUUGAGGAACGGAUUUCACGCACCGUAUACCCGAGCAGAGGCUUCUCGCUUCAUGGAAAUACUCUUCGGCAGUCCACCCCAUCCGCGGCCAUUGCUUCGUGUUCAGUGCACAUGUGCAAUCUUUUUAACAAAAGAGCUUCGCCAUGUGGGUCAACACAAGCAGCUAGAUCAGCAAAAGGAAGAGCUCCGCAAGCUGUUUGGACUGAAGAGUUUCAUUAUUCUUUGGGAGAAGGAGCAGCGCUUGGAGAAGAAACUAAUUGAUAUCUUGUGUCAGGAGUGGCAAGACCGGCCCGACUACAGUGCCAUUGUCUCUUCCCUCAAAGGACAGGAUGCGUGGGUUUUGUUGUUGGGACGCACGGCAGCCCCUCGAGUCUUUACUGACAUCUUAGGCCCCCAGUGCCCAGUGCCCUUCGGCGCUGCUGCAGCAGCUGCUACCACAACAGCAGCAGCCACAGCGGCAGCUGCCACUGCGGUGGCGAAAACAGUGUCUACUAGUCAAAAUAACAACGGCUACUCUAGCCUUAUUUCAGCUCAGUUACAAGCCGCGAAAGCCUCAGCAACAGCAGCAGCAGCAGCAGCGGCAGCAGGGAUGCCCAGGCCAGGAAGCUUGUGUGGCCGGGCUCGCCGCUGCAUUGGCUUUGCAUCAGCAACCGAAGAAGAAGCGGCAGCGCUGGCUGCAGCGUGCUCUAUGAAACCAUUGCCCUUGCUCUUGCUGCCUCCUGAAGCACCCCGUGUCCUAGAGGCAGGAUCUAAACCUGGAAAAUUCGCCGCGUCACUAAAGGCCCUCUGUAAAGAGCGACCCCGGCCUCAGGGUUUGGCGGCUAUCGCGUGGAUAGGCCAUUGGCUGGAAGGCGCAGUUAAGCGUGAAAGGCAGCUUAAGGAAGCCAUUGAAGCUUCCGCCGAGCUGGCAUGCAAGCCUGAUGAGUCUUUCGUACAUGCGGCAUCUAGGGCAUGGAACCGCAGUAACACGGCAGAUGCCACCGACUGUAGGUUAUGGCUGCUUACACCAUUUAACAUCAAUGAUGAGGCCAAGAGUAGCGGGAUCCUGUACGAUGUUGUUGCGGAUGUUCUGCGGCCAUCAUUGGUGUUUGUCUUUUCGGAUCCUGGGCUACCGCUACGGCCUUUACUGGAGUGCCUUUGUUGUUGCUUUGGACUCGCACAUAUUGACAUGGACAAGGAAAUAGCAUUAGCUGCAGAAUUUUGAAGCGGCUGUUCAGGCUACCUAGGCUUCGUGGUAUCAAAUUUUCCGAGGAGUAUCCGGCAAAUUGAGUUCGUGCAGGAAAAUAGUCGGGGCUGCCUGUACACUGCGGAUUUGUCAGCGUUCCAAGUAAACUGUCUCGCUAGUCCGCCAGAGAAGCUGCAGCACGUGCUUUUGCGAGCAGCAGCAACCCAGCUGCAGGCUCGUGUGCUGCUGCUGCACGGAUCUCCAGAAGCAACUGCAACUGCAGCAGCCGCUGCACAGGACGUGCUGGAGGAAACCAUUGUUGCGGACGCAGAAGCACUUCUCACCCUUGAGCGCCAGCAGCAGCAGCGACAGCAGCAGCAGUUUCGUAGCAACACGUGUUACUCCUGUAGCUCUUCUGAUGCGUCUUGCAAUUGCCUCAGUAAUAACGCUGGUGUAUCCUCAGCAGUUCAUGAAACCUCGAAUCUGCAGAAGGGUAACGGAUCAGCCAUCAAGUUUAGGGGUUAUCAGAGUUUGGAACGACCGCUUGUGAGCGCAGCGACAGGCCAAGUGCCCGACGACAAGGGCCCUGCGCCGCACCACGCCAAGGCCCCAAGUGCAGCUUUAUUGCACUUCGCUAUGGAGGGCAAGGCAAAGCGUAUUUCGGUUACAGGAGAGGGAGAUUUGGGGCAGCUUAAGGACGAAAUAUCAAGCGUCCUUCGUCGCGAUGUAGUAGCUAUGAUCGCUUCCAAAGGCCUUUCAAAACCCCUUCUUGGAGAAGCAGUGGCUAAGAUACUUGGGCUGAAGCUUAUUCCUGACUUUGAGAAGUACGUCAAUCAACAACAACAGGGAGCAGCGCCAGUAACAAGAGCACCAAAGGUACUCUUCAAGGGCUCGGAGCAGGCCAAGGGCAAGCCGAGAACCCCUGCCGACGUGGCUGAAGUUCUUAGAGCCCUGCAAAAGCCUCAUGGCCACUCUCCAUACAAUGGAGUACUGCUGGUGGAUGUUCUGGAUAGCAUCGAACCUAGCCUGUUAAUGUCUGUGGAUUGGACUCAGAAGCUCGAGAACUAUAAGCUCCCUCUGAGCCGCAUUAUCAUUGUGGAGGCUGCACAGGGGGUGCUUGAGGAGGAAGCAGCGCAAGACAACCGAGAGGACCGCACCGACGGAGAUGAGGAGGAACUUGAUUCAAGGUUGUCCACCAGAAAGAAUACCAGGGAAUGGGGGAAAGGCUCAUUGGGGGAGAGCGCGGGCAACACUAAAGAAACAGUGGUAAUGGCACAGAAACUACGACAGACAGUCAGAUCGAGACGGAGGGGAGCAUCAGGGGAAGAGCCAGACGCGUCUACAGUACAGAGAGGCUGUAAAGGACUAGGCGGGGAUCCAUCAAGAUUAAGCGGGGAUCCAUCAAGAUUGAGCUCCACGGGUAUAUUCAUAAAUUCAAUUAUGGGCGCACACGUAGUGGACCGCCUGCCGCUUUAUUGUCGCAAUCGGCUUCUUCUUUCUCUAGAGCUAAUUGCUGAGGCCUACAAAGAUCGGUGUCUUCGUAUCCGACUGAGCCCCGCUGCUACUGCUGCGCUGGCGCUAUCCUCGGAGGGCAGCAGCGGGGAGGAAGAGGAAGACUCCAGUCCUUCAUCUACAGCAGCGGGAAAUGCGCGAGCAGCAGCAACAAGAGAGAUUGCCGAUGCUCUUUAUAAACGCUCAGUUAUACUGCUCGCGGACGGCCUGCUACCACCAACAAUAGCGCAGACGGUCAGAGAGGGCCUAGCACUCUCCCUAAGCAGCCAACUUUUUAUCCUAGAGAGUAAUGCGCUAGGUGAGGUCGCGUUCAACAGGAAACACACAGGGGUUCAGGCAAUGCUUGCAAUAGACAUGCAUCAACUAUUUGCUACUGCUGCUGCUGCUCCUCUUUCAGGCUUUCUCCUCGUAAGGCCUCCGGUAAUAGAAAACGGAUGCACGACGAUGUCCGCGGCCGCAGAUAUUUGGCGGAUUACAACUACAGAGCUCCAAAUCCAAGAGAGCCCUACAGCGGCAGAUCUUAGUCCGCAAAUUCAGCGCCUACUCCAGCAGCUGCAAGAACCACCGGAACCUACGCCUCUAGAACUACUGCAGCUUAACCAUCUGGCCCCAGAUCCCUCUGAGGAGGCCUCACAGAAUGGUUUCAAGCCCUUAGCGUGCACUGUUAGUGGUGGAAAACAGGCAUUUCGUGAAGGCUGUGCAUCGCGCACACAAGAACCAAGCUUCCUAUGCUGCACUGGCAGACCAAAUCUGGUUGCCCCGAACACAUUUUCCGCUGCCUUGCUCGGCAAGAAAUAUGAGGAUGUGUGCACUCGCGCACGAUUCGGUGCUCACCUAGGAUCGAUGGGGUGUCCUGCAUCUGGCUUGCCACUAGCAAAGAAAGGGAGAAAGAGGAGCGACACGAAGAGACCCCCGAGGCGUCAUUCCAUGCCGACUGAUUGGGGGCCCCCCAACGCUGCGUGUUCGCCGCAUGUGUUUGCCCUUCUGCUACUUUCGUUGGAAGCUGACCAUCUCUCAAGUUGGAAAGCCUUUUUAAAGGGAGCGCUUCAGCCCGCAACUGCGCACUGGACCCUACUAGCGCACAAGCAGCUGCAACAAGUCAGCUGCACCGGCACGGGCAGCAGCCACGCAGCAAUGGCAGCAAGAGCACAAGCCAGAAUCAAUCUGGCAGUAGCAUACGCAGGCUUGAAACACCACCAAUAA